AUGCCAAACGGCAAGAACAAGCUGAAGUUGACGAUAUCUGUCUCGGAGCCUCAGUCAGACGGCAGCGAUCGUCAGAAUGGAGCUCAAGCGAAUCUGGAGGCAUUGCAGCAGAAGUUACAGGAACUAGAUAUUGAUGACCAACAGAGAGAGAGACUUGAAGAAUUUUUAACACAGAAGCAGAAAAUUGGAGAAUUAUUGGAGGAGGAUUUUGAAAAACUAGGAGAGCUAGGGGCUGGAAAUGGGGGUGUUGUUACCAAAGUGUUACACCACCCUUCAGGUCUCAUCAUGGCACGCAAGCUUAUUCACCUAGAGAUCAAACCAAUGGUUCGAAACCAGAUCAUUCGGGAGCUGAAGGUACUACAUGAAUGCAACUCCCCGUAUAUAGUUGGAUAUUAUGGUGCUUUCUAUAGUGAUGGAGAAAUUAGUAUCUGUAUGGAGUAUAUGGAUGGUGGGUCAUUAGAUUUAAUUUUAAGGAGAGCUGGCAGGAUACCAGAGCCGAUUCUAGGGAUUAUUAACAUUGCUGUUCUUAAAGGGUUGUCAUACCUUAGAGAAAAGCAUCAAAUUAUACACAGGGAUGUAAAGCCAUCAAAUAUCCUUGUAAAUUCCAGAGGAGAAAUAAAACUAUGUGAUUUUGGUGUCAGCGGACAGCUCAUCGAUUCAAUGGCAAACUCUUUUGUUGGAACAAGAUCAUAUAUGGCACCUGAGAGAUUACAGGGCACCCAUUAUUCCGUACAGUCAGACAUAUGGAGUCUUGGACUGUCUCUUGUAGAGAUGUCCAUUGGAAGAUACCCUGUGCCUCCUCCUGAACCCAAGGAUUUGGCCAGCAUCUUUAGUGAUAAUGCCUAUGAGGAACACAUAGAAGCUGCCCUGACUGGGAGGCCACUUAAAGGUUAG